UACCUGUCGCAUUUCAUACAGACGUGCUGCGUAACACCGACAAAAUGAAACAAUUUGUGAUCAUUCUCGCAUGUGUUGCUUUCAUUGCGGCUCAGACAUGCAGCAAACAAGACGUUGAUGAUCUUUCCGAAGAAGUUGCUAAACUAAAAGCAGUACUUUAUAAUGCGUUUAAAGUGCUUGAAAUACACACUCCAAAUAACAAUAAGUACCGCCACAAACCUAUCGAUGUGCGUGGAAAAUCGUUCUUUGCAUUCUCUGUGAAAGCCUGCAAUGAUGCCCACCUAGAACUUCAGCUGACCCCUGGUAACACACGAACUAAUAACUAUGAGAUUAUGAUCCAUGGUUACAAAUAUAAUCCAAAAUCUGGAAUACGUGACAACCUGGGAACUAUGUACGCUUAUGAAUCGGCCAAGGUUUUGGUCAAUGGAAAGCGCCUGAGCUGUGAUGAGAUGAGGCCAUUUUGGGUAAGUUGGGCUGGUGGAAACAUUGAAGUAGGAACGGGGAACGUAUAUGGAUGUGGAAUAUUCAUGUCGUGGAAAGAUCCAGCACCACAUGCAGUAAAUGCCAUUAACGUUAUGACAGGAUGGGGUGCUGAGGGAGACUGGAUUGUCCUAGCAUAAUGAAAAUGGCUGCAGAAUACCGCAGUAUAUCAUGUAUAAAAGGAACUAAAGGGCCCACGUGGAAAUAUCAAUUGUAAUAAUUAGUUAUGCAAAUUACAUAAAUGAAUAAAUCGGUAC